UGCAAUUUUAUCAUCUUCUUAAUCUAAAAUCUUUUUGGCAAAAAAAUGGCUAAUGCUGAAAACAAUAGUGUCUCUACUCGUUCUUCAGAGCUGUAUCGUGAAAUAUCGCAGAUGGACGAUGAAAUUAUGAAACUCGUGGAGCAAAUUAAUCAGCCAAUUGGUCGGCCUGAUUUUGGUGCCAUUGAAGAAGCCAGGAAGAAGCUAACUGAUAAGAGAAUGAAGUUGGAAGAGCUGUCUAAGAGGAUGAAAGAAGUUAUAAAGGAGAUGGAGGAAACCCCAAAGAGAUAGGUUAUAUUUACUUUUCCAGUGAAGCUCCCUCUUAUAGAUAAAUAAAUAAUUGAGAUGUUGCUUGUGUUCUAAACUCUGAUGAUGAAUGAUAGACAAGUUAAUUAUUUUACUUUUCUUGAAUUGUUUAAGUCUAGUGAGACUUUCAUGUAAGUAAAUAAUUGUUUCAAUGUGUGUC